CCCCGGCCCAGUGCUCCGCAUAGCACAAGUGCGACUUGAAAUAACCAUUUUUCCGGUCGCCGCCUCCACCUGCAGCUUCUGCGCUACUUCUCGCCGCCCCGACGAUGCCGCCUCUCGUGCGCCGCAAGCCGCUCAUGGAGCGCAUCAGAGCCUUCCUCAACCCAUACGACUGGGCGCUGUGGCUCUCGGAGGAGAUUUACGGAAACGACUGGGAUGAUUCCCUGAAGGAUUGGACAUGGAUCAUUGGCGUCGUGGUCAACUUGAUCUUCAUGAUCGCAAGAGGAAACUCUGGAGGCUCAAAAUACGAGGAAAACGACGAUGUGUUUGGCGAUUACACGGCGAGAAUGGGAAGCGGCUGGCUCAGAUGGCUUUGUUCCUUUGUAGUCCACCUGCUCUCGUUCAUCUCGUUCGUCAACGCCUUCUUCACCUUCCACAGCAAGCGGCACUAUCGUCUGUUCGAGACGCCCGUCGAGAUGACCCCCACCACGCCCUCGGCACGCCGCGUCCGCGUUGACUCGUCUCCCCUCUCGUCCUCGCCGCUACGCUUCCUCUCGAAUAUAUACGCUGCGACAAGCGCACAAUCGCGCGCGCACCCGGACCCCGCGCGUGACGUAUGGGAGGUGUCGGUGUGGGACCCGAAGCCAACGUUCCUGCGGCUGUUUUGCCUGUUCAGCCCAGGCCAUGUGCUGGUAUACUGGCUGUUCCUGCCAAUUGCGCCUCUGGAUCCACGACCUAGCGUGACCGUCGUCACGGCUAUCGUUCUCGGGGCUCUCAUGACGGUGCAGCUUAGCUUCAUGCAAACGUCGUACUCGCAGCAGAUCAAGGACUCAGCGCUGAUUCAUCGCGAGGUCCUGCACGAGUACGACACCAAGUUUGUGCACCCGAACCUCAACAAGCCGGUUCGCGACGUCGGCAUCCAGACGGGAGACAUUGACUCCGGCAAGAAGCCCGCCGCCCGAGAAGUCGACACGUACACGCCCAAGACGAUCAUCAACCGCGGCUUCCGCACCAACCCCAACCCCGUCUACGCCUCGCAGUACGACCCCGACAACCAGCUCCAGCAGCAAGACGAGCGGCAGGCACGCGCUGCGGCCAACACGGCCGGCAUGUCCAACCCGUUCUACACGAACACGCCCAAGCGCGUCGCCAACAGCUACACGUCGACGGCGACGGCGAUGCACAACUCGCCCGCGGCAGGGGCGGCACGACGAACGACAGGCGGCACGCCGCUGCGGCAGCCGCAGUUCCGGCCGACGACGGACGCUAGCGCAGGCGGCGACGGCGGCAGCCUAGGCGUGUUUGCGCAUGCUGCGUCGCCUUUGCGCAAGCCGGCUGGGGCGAACUUUUUGCGCGCCGACGAUGUGGAUCUCCGCCCGCGCAGCCCGGAGAAGAGGGGCGGUAGCCCGCUGAAGCGGAUUAGUACGCCGGCAGACUACAGUGGUAGUGGAGGAACCGAGCGGCAGCGCAGGUCGUAUAGGGAUAGUGGGAGGUACUGAGGUGGUUUGUGGAGGAUGGGUUGGUUGCUUUUGGCGCAUGGAACGGAAAUGGAAAUGGGGCGUUAGGGAAAAGUAAGCGGGCCUGCAUGCAUCAUCGCUUGUUUGUUCUCGUGGUGCAAAAGGAGCACUGGGUGCUGCUGGGGUUUUUGUCUUUGCCGUGCAGCGAGGAAAGAGAGCGGGAGAAGUGGAAGGAUUGGAAGGGCGCGCAUGGCUUGUUGGUGGUGGUGGCGCCAGUGUCGCUCGACGCGGUGGCCGCAGAAAAAAACAUGGGCCAUAGGAGUAAGUAGUUGCUCGUGAUAUUGAAAGACGUAC